AUGAGAGUGACAGGAAUAGAGAGUGCACCUGUGUCAGCACGUAUCUCACGUAUCACAUAUCUCCUGCGCAGUUGGCUAGUCUCAAUGAGAUUGGCCGCCGUGGCCGGAAUCGAUGCAACUAACGUACAGCCUAAGCGAAAAGUGCCUCCACGACCCCGACCUGGUCAGAAAAAGUUUCUGUCAUCCGUCCUUACAAUCCUAUCCAAAUCAACUGCCAGUACUCAAUAUCCUGAUGUUAAUGAAUUUCCUGAUAAAACGAGAAAACCUAAACCACGAAGAGUGAAAAAUGAUAAAAUUGAGGCACAAAAUGCUAAAAUUCGAUAUAAAUCAAGAGUUUUAAAUCAAAAUGUGGUUAAUGAUGAAGACUUUGUUAUAUUACAAUCUAAAAAGGAUAUAGCUCACACAACAUCAAAUUAUUCGGAAACAACAAAUAUUAGGUGGUCCGAUUUAGAGAUUUCUGGGAAAGAAAAUAGUAAAUACAAUGAAGUUGUAGAAGGAAAGAAAUUUAGCAAUAAGGAUGAGUCUACAACUGUUACAGAGAUGGACAAAAAUGACGAUAAGAUAUAUAACCUUUUUGUAGAUCUAUUAGAAACUACUUUUAAUAUAAAUAAUGUUCAAACUGAACAUGAGAAGCAAUUAAAGAAAAACGAUUCAAAUAUCGUCUUAGAAAUAAAUGAAGAAGUUGCUAAGAAAUUAGAAAUUAAAAGCAACGUUAAAGAAGAACAACACACAGUUAUAAAAGAUGAAAUAGAGUUAGAGAAUGAUAUUUACUCGGAAAUAGAAGAUAAACCUAUAAAUGUUAAGUUAUCAGACAUUAUUCAACCUAAACUAAAAGCGAAAUCUUUUGUACACGUCAAAAAAACUAAAACUUUGCAAAAGUCGAAGAGUUUGGAAGCAAAAAAAUCAUUUGCGAAAUCCAAAAAGAAAACUCUAUUAAACAUAUUAAAAGAACAACUGGAAAUGGACAUAACCUAUGAGGAACCACAAAAUUUAUAUGAAGCUUUGAAAGUUCUAGCAAAAAAUAAGCAUCGAUCUGAAAAAUGUAUUGAAUAUCAUAAAGAAAAAUUACCAAAAUUUGCUGAUAACGAUCGUAGCGACACAGAAUGCAUGUUUAGACAACGAAAUUUGUUUCUAAGACCUAAAAGGAAGAAGAAAACAACUAAAGCAUCUCCAAAACAAACAGAUGUUGAUAGAUCAAGACCUAAAAAGAUUAAAACAAACCUUUUGAAAUCUAUACCAUCGUACAAAUCUGUUGAAGUUUACGGCUACAAUUAUGAGGAACCAGAGGAAGAAGAAGUUUCAAAGCGAAACCUAUUUACAUAUACGUCGCUGUCUGUUAGCGACGUAGAUUAUUAUACUCUGCUUAAAUUCCCAGAUACAUCAAACAGCAAUAUUUCAUAUCAACCAUCCAAAUUUAUAUAUAAUAAC